AUGCUCAAGACAUAUCCUACAGCCAUUUCACUUCCUAAAAGAUUGAAGCUCGCCUCCGCCCUUAGGCGCUUCAACUCUACUACUACCACUUCCGAGACGUCCUCUCCCGACCCGACUUAUACACAAUCCGGCUAUCGCCGAUUUCGACGUCAACCAAGACCAGCCAUCAACACAACCACCACCAAUUCCUCGACCAUGUCGGCUUCCGACACCACUCUUCCUCCUCCCUCGUCGCGGGCAACCCAGACAAAGGCCGAGAAGGAUUCAAAGUCUCGCGGUGCCGGCUCUGCAUUCUUUCCUCUUGGGUACAAGGAAGCCGCACAGCAAUGGUGGUCCAGCGUAACAUCCCGCCAAGCAGAGCGCAGUGUCCUCUCUUUCAUCCCCUACCUCCGCGAAGCCACGGCCGACAACGCCUCCACAGCCUCUCAGCUUUCUGACCUCGCCAAUGCCGACCCCUUCGGCCACCGCGUAUGGCGCCAAACCAUGGUCCCCCUCUCCGGCAAAGACCGAGCCCUGAACGAAUUCUCGAUCGAGCGAGUAGGCGAACAAGCCGAUGACACCCUCGUCAUGCUCCACGGUUAUGGAGCCGGUCUCGGCUUCUUCUACAAGAACUACGAGCCGCUCAGCCGCGUGCCCGGCUGGAAGCUGUACGCGCUCGACAUGUUGGGAAUGGGCAACUCUGCGCGGCCACCGUUCAAGAUCCACGCCAAGGACCAGCAGGGCAAGAUCCGCGAGGCUGAAGCCUGGUUCAUCGAUGCGCUGGAGGAGUGGCGACGGGCUCGCAAGAUUGAGCGGUUUACGCUGAUGGGCCAUUCAUUGGGUGGCUACCUCGCCGUCUCAUACGCGCUCAAGUACCCCGGUCGUCUGAACAAGUUGAUUCUCGCUUCGCCGGCGGGUAUUCCCGAGGAUCCGUGGGCCGUUAACGCGGCGAUGCCGGAGCCGGAGGAGUCCGCUUAUGGCAACGAGUUUACGCAAGAUCAGGAGAGUAUCGUCAACCGCGAGACGCCCGAGGGCGGCGCAAACACUGCUUUCAUCCAGGCUGAUUCCAAGGACAAGAAGGCUGUUGCUUCGUCGAUCAAAUCCAACUACUCAGCCGGCAAGACCUCCGGUAACGGCAACACCAACGCCAACGGUAACGGCAAAAAGGACACAGCCCCCCCUCGCCGCCCCAUCCCAGGCUGGGUUUCCUGGCUCUGGGACGCCAACGUCUCGCCCUUCUCCAUUGUGCGCAUGACCGGCCCCUUGGGUCCGCGCUUCGUAUCAGGCUGGACCUCUCGGCGCUUCAACCACCUGCCCCCCGACGAAAAGGAGGCCUUACACACCUACUCCUACUCGCUCUUCCGCCAAAAGGGAUCAGGCGAAUACGUCCUCCCUUACUUACUCGCCCCGGGCGCGUUCGCUCGCAGUCCCGUGAUCAACCGCAUCCAGGAAGUCGGUCGGCAAAUCAUCUCCCAAUCCCAGCCCCAAACACCAGAAGGAGCACCAGCUGCGCCCCUCCGCGAAGCCGGGUUCCCCAUCAUCUUCCUCUACGGCGAAAACGACUGGAUGGACGUCGCGGGCGGGUACGCUGCCGAGGAGAAGAUCAGGAAGAGGGUGGAGCAGGCUUUGUUAGAUCCCAAGCGAACGGAAGAAGAAAGGAAGAGGGAGAAUGGAAGUGCCAAGGUGGUGGUUAUUAGAAGAGCUGGGCAUCAUUUGUAUAUUGAUAACCCGGAGGAGUUUAAUGAGGUUGUGAGGAAGGAGAUGGAGGAGACGAAGGCGUGGGGGGCGAGGAUGAGGAGGGAGGGGUUGCUCCCGCCGACGCCGGCUGAGAAGUAG